CACGCCCACCGAGCGCUCGCGUCUGUCAGUGCGCGACAGGAAGCGACAGAACACAACACAAAUAAAUAAACACAACAGAGCAGCGCGGUCGCUACAUUUUAUUAAAACAACACCAACAAAACGUCUUUUAAAGCGAGAUCGUAUUUUCUGGUUGUGAGAGCAGCACUGUAAAUCAGACAUGUCCGGGCUCAUUUCGGCCGGUUUUGGGAGAUUCACUCACGCCGUGGUGCGCGCCAUGCCCGCGUCGUACGCCGAAAGAGCGCUCCGGAGCGGCGCGGCGCAGGUGGACGCGGUGCGCGCGCAGCAGGAGCACGACCACUAUGUCGGGGUGCUGCAGAACCGGCUCGGUUUGCAGGUGCUCGAGCUUCCCUCCGACGAUUCUCUGCCGGAUUGCGUGUUCGUGGAGGACGCGGCGGUGGUGUGCGGAGACACCGCCCUGAUCACCAGACCCGGAGCUGAGAGCCGCCGCGGAGAGACCAAGGCCAUGAAGAAUGCCUUGACGAAGCUUGGCCUGAACAUUGUGGAGAUGACGGAUGAAUCGGCUACACUGGAUGGAGGAGAUGUUCUUUUUACAGGUCAAGAGUUCUUCGUGGGCUUGUCAAAACGAACCAAUCAACGAGGGGCAGAGAUCCUAGCUGAUACCUUUAAGGACUAUGCUGUGUCCACUGUGCCAGUAAAGCACGGCCUGCACCUGAAGAGCUUCUGCAGUAUGGCAGGUCCAGGACUUAUUGCUAUUGGUUCCAGUGAAUCAGCCCAGAAAGCCUUAAAGACGAUGCAGCAGAUGAGUGAUCAUAAAUAUGAUAAGCUCACACUUCCUGACGAUGCUGCCGCUAACUGUGUGUACAUGAAUCUGCCCGGUAAAGGACAUGUCCUGCUGCACUGCACACCGGAGGAGUACCCUGAGAGUGCUAAGGUGUUUGAGAAGCUGAAGGAGCACAUGCUCAUCCCUGUUCCCAACAUGGAGGGGGCAAAGGUGGACGGAGCGCUCACUUGCUGCUCGGUUCUCAUCAAUAAACCAGCCAUGGUCUAAGGGGCUGUACCUAGUGCACCUAUAAACCCUGCACCCAUGCCUUUAAAGCAGGAUGCUUUGCUGUGUUAUGCUAUGAUGAUGAUUAUGAUGAUGAUUAUGAUGAUUAUGAUUAUUAUUGGGAGACUGGAGGCUAAUUCAGGGGCCAGUCACAAAUUCAACAUAUUCAGUCCCCUAAAAAAUACCAAGAUACUCUAGUUAACAGUUCAGUGUAAAUUGUACUGAGCAUGUCGCUGCAAUUUUUGAAAUUUUUCAGCUUGCUCACUUCAACAAAACAAGAUUCUUUAGCACAUAUGCAGUAUGACUUCUUGUAAAGUGCAGUGUGUAGCUUCUGCACCAUGAUUAAUAUUUACCCAGAAAUGCUCACACAUUUUCUGCUUAAACACACAUGCACAACAUGAGCAGUUUGGGCGAGCCAGAACUUGAAUUCAGACCAAUCCCUUGAUGUCCCAAUGCCUUAAAUACUGAUCUAUCACCACCAACCAAUACCACCAAUCAACACUCACAACUCACAAUGCCAACCAACACCACUGGCAAUCAACACAGCAAAUUAACACAACCAACCCAGACCACCAGAUAACACUGCCAAUCAACACCACCAACCAACACCACCAACUACCACUGCCAAUCAACACAGCCAAUUAAACAGCACCAACCAACACCACCAACUAACUCUGCCAACUAACGCUACCAACUAAGACUGCCAGUGAACACCACAAAAUAACACCACCAACUGAAACUGCCAAUGAUCACCACCAACUAACAAUGCCAACCAACACAGCCAACUAACACCACCAACUAACACUGACAAUGAACACCCCAACUAACAAUAGCAAUUAAGACCACCAACCAAAACCACCAACUAAUACUCCUAACCAAUACAGCCAUCUAACAGUACCAAUCAAUACACAGUAAAAGGAGAAGCCGUGCAUCAGUGAGUACUUUUAUCACAUCUUGGGAAAAAUGUGUAAAAUUUAGUUUUUUUUCCUCUCUUCCUGUUAAGACAUCUUGUUAGCAAUACUGGCAGCUGAUAUUAACUGAUAUCUGGGACAUAAAGAAAAUUCCUAAAGAAAGAAGACAGGUUUGAGUAAACGUGUGAAUGGAACACAGCCUAGAAUUUAGCCUCCUGUCAUCCAACACUGUGACUGUGAACACAAUCCUGUAGAAGAUUUUAUUCCUUGAUCUGGUACGACCGCCGCUGUGCUUCAUCCUACAAUCAGAGAGAAAAGAUUUGUGAUCCACAACCAACCAGAGCAGACAGUCAGAUUUCAUCCCUCUGCAGUUUAGUGUCUUCUUUGUUCUAGUGCCCUUAAUUCAGUCCAACCUAGAGCCAUGUAAAUGCUGACCUCUGCAGUGUUCGCACCUGGACCUUGAAUAGCCUCACAGAGAUUAUUUCAUCCUUGUUAAUAUUUUAGCCUUGUUUGUGUCUGCUUGCGGGUGUGGAGUUGUGCGGAAUCCGUACAAUCCUUUCUAAAAGCCACUAGAAGACCCUGUCACUGUUCCUGCUGUUUUAUACAAUCACUAAAUCUACUGAUUUCACUAGCCACAAAAAAAUCCAAGAGACCAAAUAAAGAGCUUCUUACAAUGACCUCA